UAAAGCACUCAGUGACUGAAGAUCCAGUGAUCUGAACAUCUCGGCCUCAGUCAUCAUGACACAAACGAUGACAGUGUUUGUCGCGGCUCUGCUCUCUGUUUUCAUGGCGUCUGUUGUUUGUGGAUUCAAACCCUUCGACUGUUCUGACGUCUAUAAAUUAGGACAAACAGUCAGUGGGAUUUACUCCAUCUAUCCAGCAGGUGAUUCUCCUGUCUGGGUUUACUGUGAGAUGAUCUCAGAUGGGAAAGAUGAAGAUAAAGGACAAUGGACGGUGAUUCAGAGGAGAAUGGACGGCAGUGUGAAUUUCUAUCUGCCGUGGAAUCAGUACAAAAGAGGAUUUGGGAAUGUGGAGGGUGAAUACUGGCUGGGGCUGGAGAACAUGUACCAGCUGACACGUAAGAACAAGUACAUGCUGAGAGUGGAUCUGGAGGACUUUGAUGGCAAUAAAGCUUUCGCUCUGUACUCGUCCUUCUCUGUGGGUCCUGAAGCUGAUGGGUAUCGACUCCAUGUUUCAAGAUUUACUGAUGGAGGAGCUGGCGACUCUUUGUCAUUCCACGAUGGACAGAAGUUCACCACCUUCGACAAGGACCAAGAUUCCUAUGAAAGUAACUGUGCCAGACAGUAUCUCGGGGCAUUUUGGUACAACAACUGUCAUGGUACAAAUCCUAACGGUGUGUAUUUAUGGGGAAAAGAUCCAACCAUUUUUGCCAUCGGAAAUGUUUGGCAAACUUGGAAAGGGUUUAGUGUCGGUAUGAAAUCCAUCUGCAUGAAGAUCAAACGUGUGUCUUAGAAACAUUAGUGUUUUCAGGAACCAAUGUCUGAUAUUGUUUUUGCUAUUUGACAAAUGUGACGGUUUAAGGUUUUACUUUCCUCACUGUAAGGACACCUUUGUUUUUGGUCUUUUGAUUUACUAUUAUAUCAAAAAUUUAAUCGAAUAAACUCUUUCAUGUCAAA